GCGAUCAUGGACAACAACAUAAUCAAUCACCAUUGUGCUUAACUGACCUCUGGCAACUGGUGUUAAUAUUUGGUCUGACAAUCGAACCUUUAUAUUUUAUUCAGCAUCAAAAUGCCUCAUUCAAUAUCGUCAAAUGAUUCUGCGCCACGCGACAAUGGCGACGAUGAGAUUCUCCCUGACGCUCCUGCGACGGAAAAUAAUGACACGACAGAAGAGCAAAAAGCUGAGACGAACAUAAGAUUAGAGGAUCUCUUCGCAGAUGACGACGAUGAUGAUGACGAAUUUCCAGCAUCGAGUGCCGCAGACGUGAAGAUGGCGAGCUCUCCACCUCCAGCACUAACACCAACACCAGCAGUUGCACCGAAGGGCCCCUCUGGAAUAGAUCCCGAAGUUAUGCUUGCCUUCUAUCAGCGCCUAUUCCCAUUCCGACCUAUGUUUCAAUGGCUCAACCAUGGUGUCAUCCCCUCACCCGACAUGGUCAAUCGAGAAUUCGCUGUUUUCCUCCAAAAUGAAGCCGUGCUUCGAUAUCAAUCAUUUGCGACUGCGGAUCUAUUUCGCAAGGAAAUUUUACGAUUAAACCCAACUCGAUUCGAGAUCGGACCGGUAUAUAGCACGAACCCACGAGAUCGCAAAAGCCGACCCGGUACUCAAAUGAAGCCAGUUGCAAAAGAGCUCGUCUUUGAUAUUGAUAUGACUGAUUACGAUGAUGUACGGACGUGCUGUUCUAAGGCUAAUAUCUGCCACAAGUGCUGGGCAUUUAUCACUAUGGCUAUCAAGAUUGUUGAUACUGCUUUGAGAGAGGACUUUGGAUUUGAACAUAUUCUGUGGGUCUACUCCGGUCGACGUGGUGCUCACGCUUGGGUUGGUGAUCAUAGAGCUAGGACUCUGCCCGAUGAUAGGAGAAAGGCGAUUGCGGGAUACCUGGAACUUGUGAAGGGUAAUGACAAGAGUGGGAAACGUGUAAAUCUAAAGCGGCCGCUGCAUCCACAUGUCGCGAGAAGUGUCAAGCUACUGGAGCCAUAUUUCAACCAAACAACACUCAUCGACCAAGAUGUCUUUCUUGGAGAAUCCCAAGCGGAGCGUCUGCUUGGAUUGUUGCCCGACAAGAAACUAAGCGAAGCCCUUCGAAGGAAAUGGGAUUCCACUCCAGACCGCACAAGCACAAACAAAUGGAAUGAUAUCGUCACACUAGCCAAAACGAUCAAUGGAUUAGAUGCCAAGGCCCUCAAAGAUGCACGAUACGACAUUGUCCUCGAGUACACCUACCCGCGACUCGAUGCCGAAGUAUCGAAGAAAAUGAUUCACUUGUUGAAGAGUCCGUUUGUCAUUCAUCCUGGUACCGGUCGUGUUUGCGUUCCCAUGGACGGCAGGAACAUCGAAGAAUUCGAUCCUUUAUCUGUUCCUACAGUGACAGAACUACUCGCUGAGAUCGAUGAAUACGACAGGGAAAAUCCACCUCCUGCUUCCAACGCGGAAGACGGGUCUUCUGACAGGAAGAUCCAGGACUAUGAAAAGACAAGACUAAAGCCUUACGUUGAUUACUUCCGUUCAUUUGUCGCAAAUCUCAUAAAAGAUGAACGGCCAGUAAAAAGAGAACGUGGCGCUGAACAGGCGACAAAUGAUGCGAUGGAGUUUUAACGAUACGCGAGGCGAUUGUUGAGCAACAGCAUAUGUUAUUUGGGUCA